UCGUCUCUUUCCAUUUUUUUGUGCUUUCUCGAGCAGAGAAGAGUAUGGAGAAGGCGGUGGUGACGCUGGAGAAAGGGAGCGAGUGCUGUUCAUGGAAUUAUAGUGGGCAGAGAAUGGCGACGGGAUCGAACGAUGGAACCCUCUCCAUUUUCGAUUCUCCCGAUUCUUCUUCUUUCUCUGCUCUCCGCCUCACCUCUCGUUGGAAGGCACAUCAGGGCAGCAUAAUGAAAGCUGUUUGGGUUCCUCCAGAAUACGGUGAUGCAGUUGCCUGCAUUUGUGUGGAUGGAACAUUGUCGUUGUGGGAGGAGAUUGAAGAGGAUACACAACCUCUCACAUGGAAGCUGUGCAAACUCUUUGAAAGCAAUGCAACCCAUGCACUAGAUCUCAAAUUUGGCAUGUCCUCAACAUGUUUGAAGCUGGUUGCUGCAUACUCAGAUGGUUAUGUUAAGGUGUAUGAGCUCCUGGACCCACUAGAACUCAAGAAGUGGCAGCUUCAGGCAGAAUUUCAAAAUGUGAUCGAUUCAGUAUCUAGAUUUGGGAAGCCAUCAUGCUUAUCUGCAUCUGUUGCAUGGAAUCCACGACGAGGUGAGGGCCAGCAGUCAAGUUUCAUCCUGGGUUUCAAUUCAGAUCUAUCACAAGUCAAUUCCUCCAAGGUUUGGGAAUUUGAUGAGGUUCAUCAACGAUGGCUGCCAGUUGCUGAAUUAGCUUUACCUGGAGACAGGGGUGAUAGGGUAUAUGACGUAGCCUGGGCUCCCAAUAUUGGCAGGCCAUAUGAAGUAGUAGCUGUUGCAACUUCCAAGGGGAUUGCAAUAUGGCAUCUGGGUUUGAACCCUGACACAGAUGGAAGACUCUCAGUAAAGAAAGUUGCACUACUUUCGGGGCAUGAUGGUGAGGUAUGGCAACUGGAGUGGGACAUGAGUGGUAUGACAUUGGCUACUGUGGGUAGUGAUGGCAUGGUGAGGUUAUGGCAGUCUAACCUGAAUGGGGUGUGGCAUGAACAGGCAGCUCUUGAAAGCAGUUGAAUACAAUUUGGGGCGUGCUGUUAAUUUAUGAAAUUGGAGGAAGAGCUGUUUGUCUUUCUAAUCUGUCAGUAGAAUUCUUUUGUUUGUUUGUUUGUUUUUGUUUUUGUUUUUUUUUAACCUCAUGCUGCUCUUAAUUUGAUAAGAGUUAAAGAAAAAUAGGAAGAAGUUGGAAGUUUGAGCUCAAAUAUAACAAUGAACUGCUAACAUGGGCAUAUGAUUGUGCUAAGAGCCCAUAAUAUCUGCAACAUUUGGUACUUGA